GGAAAUUUCUCAUCAGGUGAGUUUCAUAAUCGAAGUUUUCGUCUUUUCUAAGAUCUCUCUUUCCGAUUUUACGAUUCGUCUCAUGGUGCGAUUUCUCCAGCAAUAAUUAAUGGCGAGAACCAAGCAUUUCGCUACCAGGUCAGGAUCUGGGAAUCGAACUGAUGCCAAUGCUUCAUCUUCUCAAGCGGCAGGUCCGACUACGACCCCGACAACAAGAGGCACUGAAGGUGGAGAUAAUACUCAACAAAUAAAUCCUACAACUUCACCAGCUACUGGUGGAACGAGAGGGCCUAGGAGAGCCAGACAGGCUAUGCCACGAGGUUCACAGAAGAAGCCUUACCGAUUCAAGCCAGGAACAGUUGCUCUGAGAGAGAUUCGACAUUUCCAGAAGCAGACAAACCUUCUUAUUCCAGCUGCUAGCUUCAUAAGACAAGUGAGAAGUAUAACUCAUGCGUUGGCCCCUCCCCAAAUCAAUCGUUGGACAGCUGAAGCUCUUGUGGCUCUUCAAGAGGCGGCAGAAGAUUACUUGGUUGGUUUGUUCUCCGAUUCAAUGCUCUGUGCUAUCCAUGCAAGACGUGUUACGCUAAUGAGAAAAGACUUUGAGCUUGCACGCCGGCUUGGAGGAAAAGGCAGACCAUGGUGAUAGAAACUCACUCCCUAUUCACAUCUCUUACAUUGUAAGUGAGGAUCGAAUAGUUAACAACAAGUGUGUCGUAGGUUGUAUAAGUUUU